CAGGCUGCACAAUGGAUAUGAGUGACUGCUGGGGGCCUGUACAAAUCUGGUUUUUACUGGAAAUAUUUUGCACUCGAAAGUGUCUCAGCGCAUCGCAGCGUUCAGGACAAACAUCUGUUUUUGUUCGUGUAGUUAAAUGUAGUCUCAACUAAUAAUUAGCCAAGCAGUCAUUUGAAAUUAUGAAAAAGCAUGCAGGGCUGGCUGACAGACUGGGGGCUGGUGAACGGAGGUCACCGCAGAUACUGAGUGAGUCUCCGCGGUGAGACAGAGUGGGGGAGAGGGAGGACGGACAGCGGCCAGCCGCCUUCAAAAAUGGCGUCUCCGGAGGAAAAUGAGUAAAAAUUAUUAAAACGCGGCCUGCUUUCCUUACACUUCCUCGUUCGGGUUUUAUGUUUUUUUCGUACUCUGGUUAUAGAGAACGGGGCAAACCUGUCUUCGCUUUUACUUGAAUGGCCAAAGAAAGCAAUAAUAUGGGGGUCGAGCAUUUGGAGAAAUAAAAGCAGCAGUUUUAUUUUGAUGCGUCGUUAGUGACAGCUAGCAUCUGCUGCUAGCUCACAGCUCUGCUCCGGAGGGGGUGGGAACGAUUUGCAUGCAAGGGGGGUUUUAAAAAAGAUUCUGAAAUUGGGGAUUUCUUUGCUUGUCUAUGAGGAAUGAUUGGUACCAACGUGGCCUGUCGAUUACAAUCUUUUCUAGUGCUAGCAGCGUAGCCAAAACUAGCCUAAAGAAAGGGGAGGAGAGAGACGGUGAAAAGGACGCAUUCAAAUCAAAUGUUUAUCAGCAAUUGGCCGAAUCCGCGGCAUCUUCAUCAUGACCGUGACUGAUUUUGGGCUAAGUCUGCAUUCGUGGAAAUGAUAAAUGUAAAAGGCAUCGGAAAAGGAGAAAGCCUGGUUUUUUCGGAGGUGGUUGGAUUAUAACCCCGUAGACCCCCCUCUUUUUCAUCCAGCUUUCUCCUCCUCCCCUCCAUUUCUCUUUCAAUAUGCUGUUUUCCACUCCUGGGGACUUGCUUAUGAAACCGGGGAAAAUAGCCUGAAACCUAGAACGAGAAAACCUGGAUUUUUCCUCAAUCUGCGCUGCGACGUCCUCGUUGCUUUCGUCCUCAUCGCUCACAUUUUACAACACAUAAAUGGAUAGAAAUUACCCGGGAACAGGAUUUGGUGAUUUGGGCGCAGGAGCAGGAUGGAGUUACGAGAGAUCGGCAAAAGCAAGUCUUGUAUAUGGGAGUUCCAGAUCAUCCCACCCUGACUCUGAGCUCCUUCACCGACAAGCCUACGCCACCCCACACCCUCUGCAGGGCUAUGCCACCAAUCACCACCCAGGGAGCUCUGGCCAAGGCGGGGCUUGGGGAGCAGCUGGACGGAGUUUGGGUCUGUCAGGGCUCUUUGACACUGGCCUGCACCAUGCCAGCCCCUCUGCCCCUGAUGCCUCUGUCAUGAAUCUGAUCUCAGCCCUGGAGUCCCGGGGUCCCCAACCUCCACCCUCUGCCUCCUCCCUUCUCUCCCAGUUCCGCACACCAUCCUGGCAGACAGCAAUGCACACGCCUGCUCCUCCCGAACUCUUCAUCUCUGGAGCCCUUCCUGGCUCUGGCUCCUUCCCCUCCUCCUCAGCUCUGUCAGCGUAUCAGCAUCCAGCAUCCUUCUCCAGCCGUUCUUUCCCAGCUGCCUCCCUUUCCCUCCAGGACACCCCCACAUUCAGUCCCACAUCCAAUGGCCUGCUCUCCCCACAUGACCCCCUGCUACACAUUAAGGCCCCUUCCCAGUCUAGCCUGGGUUUUGAUAGGCUCCUGUCCUCGCAGGGUGCUGCUGCAGCUGCCUACAGGGGUAGCCAGGAUCCCACGGGAGCCACAUCAGCCCAGGCAUCGUCUAGGCACCUGCAGUCACACCAGUUCAACCUGCUUUCAUCACAGCUCCAGGACCAGUCCUCCCAGCUGUAUAAUGCAUCAGUCUUUUCGUCAGCCCAGCCCCAGCCUCAGUCCCAGUCCAAUUCAGCUCAGGAACGGGCCGUGCCCAGGCAGGACAGCGUUAUCAAGCACUACCAGCGGCCCACACCAGCUCAGCCACAGCUCUCGUCCUCUGCUGCCCACUCCCUUCAGCACUACCUCAGCUGUGGAGGGGCGGGAUACCAGCAGAUAGCCACCCACCACAGGCAUGCUGGCCUUUCGUGCAGCCCACUGGGCGACCAGAGUCCCUCAUCUGACCACAAGGCCACUUCUCGCACUGAGCAGUAUCGACCAAUCAUCCAGCCUCCCUAUUCCUCCUCCUCUUCCUCCUCAUCUUCUUCCUCAGCUGGGAAAGGUACCAAAAGCAGCUCCAGCAGUGGCUAUUCUUCUGCCAGUUCAGCAUCAUCUUCAAGAACCCCUCACACACCCCCUUCUGCUUCCUCUACCUCCUCUUCCUCCUCCUCUUCUUCUGCCACCUCUGGGGCUCAUCCAUCCAACUCAGUCCCCACCUCCCCCCCCUCUGCCCCCCAGUCUCUUCCAAAGUCCUGCCUGUCAGGCUAUGGUUCUCCUGUGCCCCCAGUAAAGACCCCCACAUCUGCUCUUACUGGUCAGACCCCUCCUCAACAACAGACACAAUCAUAUUCCCCUAAUCAGCCACCAACCUCUCACCUGGCUCAGUCCUAUGGAGGCUUCAGUUCACCACAAGCGCAAGAUUUGAGCUCUGGUACUGCUGGGAAAGGCUAUGGGAGUUUAGGAGGGCGAAGCCAGUCAUACUCCACUGAUAUAUAUGGAGCUGAUUCGGCUUAUGGAUCACUGCCAUCUUCUCUGGGUGGAGCUGGAAGCCCCUCACUAGGCUAUGGAGCCCCAGGUCACUCCCCUGCCCUUUUAAGAUCAAGUGGUUCAUCAGGGAGUGGAGCAUCUGGCGGAGGAAGCAGCAGCGGCACAGGAGGUGGGAACUCUGGCUCAGGAGGAGGAGCAGGAAAUAGUAUGACCAAUGAGAGAGGUGGAGGAGGAAGUGGUGCAGGGUCUUAUCAUCUUCCAGACUCUAGCCCCUCUCCAUCAGGCAAUUCAGGCAUCAUUCGUCCAGGGUUGCACUCCCCAGUGCCCACCUGCCCCACACAAUCUCCAGGAGGUGCAAGCUCUAAUAAAUACAUUUCCUCAGUUCUCUCCCCCACCUUCCUAGCCUCUCCACAGGGCUACCCUGACACCAGAGGCCCCAGCUCCCAACCUCAGUCCUAUCAUUCCACAUCCUCCAAAACAAAGGCUGAAACCUCUAUGCUAGGCGUGGGCUCUCAGAGAUCACAAGAAGAAGUAGAUGAUGAUGACGAGUUCUUGAUCCAGCACCUACUGCAAGCCCAAGCAAGUCCUACUCCCCAGGCUGCUCAUCAUCACCCUCAACAGCAACCCUCACAGGCAUCCCAACAAACACAGCCCCAGCCCCAGUCAGUACCCCCAACUAGUGAUUCAGGAAAGGGGCUGAGCUAUGACAUGGGUAAGACCUCUGAGGAGAGGUACCACCCCCAGAGUGUUAUACGUACCCACAGUGCCACGUCUGCUGCUGGAGUAGGAAGUGCAGGGUCUGGAGGGUCCAUCUCAGGACUGGACAACCAGCUGGAGAUGUCACUGAAGAAGCAGCAGCAGCAGCAGCAGCAACAACAUCAGCAGCAGCAACACCAUCAUCAACAGCAACAACAGCAGCAAAGAAAUGAGAGGUCUGUUGGAAGCAGCAGAAACAGUGGAGGGAGAGGCAGUACUGAACAAGUGCACCCCCACCUCCAUCACCAUGACAACUUAAGCUCUGUAGUCCACUAUGGGCGGGGUGACCCCUACAGCCAACACAGCCUUGCACCCCAACACUCUUCACAUACUCAGCAUGUGUCCUCACACUCUCAAAUACCGUCCCACACCCAAAUGGAGCUCCAAAAGAAGCCACAGGAGCGUGGUGAAAUUCCUUACCCUCGGAAAACACCCGAAGUCCAGCAACAGCAUUCUCAGUCUCAAGCUGCUGCCUCCCUCAUGGACUCUCCCACCGAUCAGUCCCGUCAGCCACCACACCUGCUCCAGUCAGUGCUGUCGCACACCACCCGCAACAAGCUGGAGCCUCAUCAACAGCACCAUAAGAUGGAAUCUCAUCGGCAACACCAACAGCAUCAUAAGAUGGACUCUCACCAACCACAUCAGCAACACCCAAAAAUGGACUCUCACCCUCAGCAUCAACAGCACCAGAAGAUGGACUCCCAUCAGCAUCAACAGCACCACAAACUUGAUUCUCACUCACAACAUCAACAGCACCAUAAAAUGGACUCUCAUGCCCAACAGCAGCAGCACUCUAUUACCCAACAGCAAGCUGUAAUGGAAAGUGCUGGUGGGAGACUUGGCACAAGUAAACAUCAGCCACAGUCUCAAUCUCAAACCACUCAGCUCCAGCUUCAACUACAGUCCCAGGCUCUGGAAGUGGCAGCAGCUCACUACAACCAUGGGCCCCCUCCCCAUCAGCACGAGCAGAGCCAGAUUAAGCAAAGCUCAGUGGUCUCUUCCUUGGAUAUGCUGGAGCGCUCCCUUUCUCAGACCUCCAGCACAGACGUAGCUGUUGCAGAGGACCGACAUGGUGGAGCAGGCAGUGGGGGAAGGAGUGGAGGCAGCAGUGAGCGCCACAGACAGCAGCAACAUGAGCCUAUUCCACCUCUGAAGAUCAAAUUACCAAUCGGUACUCUGUCCUCCUCCGAUGCUUUGCUGAGGACAGAUUCUUUGUCUGGCACAGACCCGGCUUUGUCGGACGGCUCAGUUGGCUCAGCUCCCUCACUUGGUUUAAGCCCUGGAGCCCCCUGCAGCACGGAAAGCACCAGAAGUCAGGAUAAGAACAAGCAGAAAAGCCAGAUGAUGAGCGAAGGAGUGGACGAUGAGGGGCUGGAGGAACGGGGGGAUGAGAAGGACUCAGAGUCCAAAGCCGGCUUUGUCGCUUCAUUUCUGGACUUUCUCAAGUCAGGAAAGAGACCUCCAAGCUUGGACAUCUCACCAGGAAUGGAACAUGACAAUGGUGAGACUUCACCCUGUAAAUCAGGGGGUCUGCGGCCGCUGUCUCCUGCACCUCCUCCUCCACCUCCGCCCCCUCCAUUCGGGGACAGUGAAGGGAAUGGGGGACUGGCCCUGGGCAACUGCCCUAGCCCCAAGCGCUUGGAAGAUGAACUUAAGAGGAACCUGGAAACCUUGCCUUCAUUCUCCUCAGAUGAGGAGGACUCUGUUGGAAAGAACCAGGACCUCCAGAAGAGCAUCUCCUCAGCCAUUUCUGCUCUGUAUGACACUCCUCAGCUAACCUCUAGCAUUCAGCCUCAGCUACCUCCUCCAACUCCCCAGCCUCAACCUCAGCCUGCUCAGGCCCCGCUUACUCCCACACUGCAGCCCCCAACACUUAGCCCACAGCCUACCAUGCAUAUCCCACACACCCAGCCCCAAUCCAAUGAACCUGAGGUUCUCCAGCCUGAAGAUACGGACAUGGAUGAGAACAAGGAAGAAGAGAAUGAGGAAGAAAGAAGCAUAGGAAGGGAUGAAGACAGUGAUAUGACAGAGGAGAAAGAACCACAGCUGGAAACCCUGGGUGCCCUUAAGCUUGAUGCACCCCUCCCUGAGAUUCCUCCUGUUCCAGCAACUCCCGAACCCCCCUCUGUUCCUCCAUCUCCUGCCUCAUCCUCCUCUCCUUCUCACUCCCCCCUCCCUCCCCUUUCACUUCCCUCACCCCUACCUGCACCAGAACAACAACAGGAGAAUUCUCAGCCUCCGAGCCCUGUUGCUCCCACAUCCCCCACUCCACCACCUCCACCACCUGCUGCUCUCCCUCAGCCUGCCACUCCUCCUUCAACUUCCCCUCCUCCUCCAUCUUCAAUUCAGAAGGAGUCUCCAAUGCCAUCUCCAGACUCCCCUGCCUCGCCCGAAGAACUCCCAGCUCCUAAAAUCACUUCCCUGCAUCUCGCCCAGAAGCAAGAAGACGCUGCCAUUGUUGGAGAGAGUGAGGAGGAUGAGAGCGAGAGUGGAGGGGAGGGCAUCUUCAGAGAAAGGGAUGAGUUUGUGGUGCGAGUGGAAGACAUUGGAACUCUCAAGCUGGCCCUGCAGAUGGGCCGAGAACCUCCACCUAUCUGGAGGGUGCAGAAGGCCCUGCUGCAGAAGUUCAGCCCAGAGAUCAAAGAUGGGCAGAGACAGUUCUGCGCCACAAGCAAUUAUCUUGGCUACUUUGGUGAUGCCAAGAGGCGAUACCAGCGAAUCUAUGUCAAGUUUUUGGAGAAUGUAAAUAAGAAGGACUACGUCAGGGUCUGCUCUCGGAGACCAUGGCGCAGAGCCACACCUGCUCUCAGACGCCAGUCCCUCCCCAGAAUGGCAUCCCCUCCUGCUACCCAGGUGCCACUGAAAGCAGUGGAGAAAGAGGAGAGAGUGGCUCCACCAGUCCAGCGUGAACAGAGGGAGAAAACAAGAACAGCGGCCACAGCAACAACAAAAGAACAGCGGGAGAAGAAGGAGGUUCCAACUGCUCUACCCAAAGCCAAGGAGAAAGAAAGGGAGCAUGAGAAGGAGAAGCGAGUGCAUCCACAGCAAGACAAAGUGGGGAAACGUGCUGUGCCAGCAGAACGAGGUAGAGCAAAGGAGGAGAAGAAAGUGGUGGAGAGGAAGGAAAAGGCUGAGCGCCCACCCAAGUCCAAGCUGGCCAAGGUGAAGGCAGAGCCACCACCGAAGAAGAGGAAGAAGUGGCUGAAGGAAGUGGCUUCAUCAUCAGACUCUGAUUCAUCGGAUGAGGCACCUAGUGAGAAUGAAAUGCCAGUGAAAGGCGGAGUGAACAACCGUGCCAUGAGGGAGAUGUUCAGGAGCUAUGUGGAGAUGCUGGUCAGCACAGCACUAGACCCUGAUAUGAUCCAGGCUCUGGAGGACACUGAUGAUGAGCUGUACCUCCCACCAAUGAGGAAGAUUGACAGCAUCCUCAGCGAACAAAAAAGGAGGCUGUUGAGGAGAGUCAGCAUGAGCUCUCAGCACCAGGAGAUCCUGCAUGCUUACUCUCAGAUCAUCGUUGACCCCUUGGACUCAGGAGUGGUGAGGGUGCGACUAAGCGGGGAUGCUUACAAUCGCAAGACCCUCAACAGAGUCAAGAAGACCCUGCCUAAACCACAGGACCUCAAACUGUCAGCCGAGUCGUAUCGGCUCUACAGCCUCUACCACUCCCUCCAUCACUAUAAAUACCACACCUUCUUACAGUGCAAGAAAGAGACCAACACCAUUGAGCAGGCAGCUGAGGAUCCGGGCCAAGAGGAAGUGGUGCAGCAGUGCAUGGCUAACCAGAGUUGGCUGGACAGCCUCUUCAGCUCCUUCAUCGAGCUGCUCACGCUCAGUGCCAAAGCCUGAGUUGACGACAGAGAUGGAGAGAAUUAAUUAAAGCAGGAGGAUUUAAAACAAACAAACAAAAAAACAAUGGAAAACAGAAAGAGACAGAUCCUACUGUACAGCCCCUCCCUCCAACCCUCUUCAGAUCUCUGAGAUCUGAGGACAUUUUUAAGGCCCUUGACGAACACAAGGGGGUCUGUUGUUGUGACCUCGGACAAUGGCCUAUGUUCUUUUUCUUGUUAUUGAUCAGUGACUAAAGAAAUGUCUUACUUUGUGACAAGGGGACCCCGCCAGAUCAGGGGUCACUUGUGAGUCAAGAGGGAAAUGAGCGACGGUGAAAAGGGAGAGAUGAGGUGGACGGACACGGAGGAGUCCUGAUGCCAAGACAAGGGAGGAACAACUGACAUUGUGUUAACCAUGUGUCAUAAAGACAAUAGUUCAAAGAGAAACUAUUACCACUUAGUUUUUACAUAAAUUAUUUUUUUGAAAAGACUAACAUCAGCUGUUGGCUUUUGAAAAGAGUGGAAGAGGGGGAGAAUGCUUUUUAAACCGUGUAGAGUGUGGUGCUGUGAGCAGAGUGAACAUGGACUUGUCCACAGAUAGAAACAUGAAAUGUGUUAAUGAAUGCUCUCUCUCUCUCUCUCUCUCUCUCUCUCACAUCCUGUGCUAUGUGAAGGGCAGCACCAGUCAGCUGUGUGAUAAUAUAUAAACAUUUUUAUUAUUUAUAUGAGGAGGUUUUUAACUUAAACUCUCACGAGCGCUGGGUUGCUGCCGUAACAUUUGAAAUACCUUUUUAUUUUCCACAGGUUCAGUAUACAAUCGUAACCCACAUAUCCAAGUCAUCGUCCCCUCUAUACAAAAGAACAGACAUUGAGACAAAUAUUGUAUCAAAUAGUGGGUGUAAAAUAAUUUUAAAAAUGGGGGGUGGAUGGGGGAAAUCUAUUUGAAACUUCACAUUGUUGUGCUUCAGUUCAAUCAUCAGUCAUGCAGGUGUAAAGAAAAAGAAGUAAACUAUCCAUUUUCCAUGUGGGAAGAAGGAGUAUACAUAAGUAAUAUUUAAAGAGGAAAUAGUCAUUUCAUUUUUAUCAUUUUGAUGUUUGUGCAUACUGACUUAUUUUGAAAACAAUCUAAUUUUCCAUUAAAAGGAGGGUGGAGGCGUGUAAAUAUUGUACAGUUCUUGAUGAAAUUCUUUGUCCUUCUGUACAUUAACUCUCCUGUAUUUGAGAAACAAAUAAAAGCUGCAAAGAACAAAUGGUGUUUGAUUUCUCUAC